UCCCCCCAAUAAGUACGUACUACAACCAAACCCGUUAAAACCAAUGCCCCUCUCUCCCUUCUCUCCAAACCCAUAAGUCAACAACUAUGGCUCCACCUCUCCCUCGCUUACUCCUCCUCUCUUCUCUCCUCCUACUCUGCCUCACCAUCCCCUCCUUAGCCCACAGUGGCCACCACCACGACGAUGAAACCGAACCCGACACCAACGACAGAGAAACCCCGCAUGACCUUCGUUCGAGGCCUCUAAUACUAGUCAAGAUUUGGUGCCUCAUCAUAAUAUUUUUUGGGACGUUCGUACCCGGAGUUUCGCCUUAUUUCUUCAAGUGGAAUGAAGGGUUCUUGGUUUUGGGUAUCCAGUUUGCUGGGGGUGUGUUUUUCGGUACGGCUAUGAUGCACUUUCUGAGUGAUUCCGAUGAGACUUUCAAGGACUUGACCCAAGAAAAUACCCUUUUGCGUUUAUGUUGGCUUGUGGGGGCUUCUUGCUUACAAUGCUUGCUGAUUGUGUCAUUUCCUAUGUGUUCCUCAAGAAGAAGAGUGUUGUGUCUGCUGCUGAUCUUCAGGUUCAGGGUAAUACCAAGCAGGGAAAAGGUGGUCAAUAUGGCACUCAGAGCCAUACCCAAAACACUGGGUUGCAAGCGCUACUUCACUUGGGGACAACAUCUUGUUGAUAGUAGCCUUGUGUUUCCACUCUGUGUUUGAGGGCAUUGCAAUUGGAGUUGCUGAGACUAAAGCCGAUGCUUGGAAAGCCUUAUGGACAAUUUCUCUUCACAAGGUAUUUGCCGCCAUUGCCAUGGGCAUUGCUCUCCUUCGAAUGAUGCCUAACCGUCCCUUCUUGUCAUGUGCUGCCUGCGCUUUUGCAUUUGCUAUUUCAAGUCCUAUUGGUGUGGCAAUCAGGAAUCCUAAUAGAUGCGACAACCCAAGGAGCUGUGGCUGAUUGGAUAUUCGCGAUUUCAAUGGGUCUAGCAUGUGGAGUGUUCAUCUACGUAGCAAUAAACCAUUUAUUGGCGAAGGGCUAUAGACCCGACAGAGCAGUUUCAGUCGACAAACCCCAGUACAAGUUUCUGGCAGUUUUGUUGGGUAUUGGGGUAAUAGCUGUUGUGAUGAUUUGGGACACUUCAAGUCAUUGUUCGUGCAC